CAACAAGCACUAACAACAAUGACUACUACUGAACACUAUGUAAAAGUGUGAUCAAACCCUAAAACGCAAACUUGUAUAUUCUCAGUAUGAACCCAAGAAAACCAUGUUACUUGCACCAGAGAGAUUAGAGUACUAAAAUAUCAGAACAUCCCAUAUAUAUAUUCUUCUUACUAUUAUAGCUAUCCAGACUAGUGAUACUGCCUGUUUUAGCUAGUUGGUAGUAGAAGUAGUCAAAACUUCACUCAAAUGGAAGGAGACCAAUUGCAAGCACAAGGAAGCAACUGUUAUGACCUAGAAGUAUCUUUCUUGAAUACAACAACUCAUCAACAACCACCAAUAGAUCAUGAAAUGGGUUUUGUUCAUCAUCAGCAACAUGGACCAAGUUUUUUACUCUCUUCUUCUUCUCAACAACAACAAGAGCAACAAGAACAGGUUUCUUUGCAGCCUUUCAGCGGUACAUGCACCACUAGAACUGAUAAUCUUAUUAGUUUUAGUAAUAGCAGUACUGGAUUUAGGGCGUCCGCUUGGAGUAAUGAUCAACAAGUUCGAACUUUGGAUCAUAAUAAAGUUGUAAUCGAUGAGAUCUGCACCAAUAGUAACAGUAAUGGCAACAUGAACGAUGGCGGCAAUUCAUGGUGGAGAAACUCAUCAAAACCAACAUCGACGUCCUCGUUCUCUGAGAAGAACAAGAUGACUAUUAAUAAUAACAACAAUAAUAAUAAGGUGAUCAGGAGGAAACUAAGAGAACCAAGGUUUUGUUUCCAAACAAGAAGCGAAGUUGAUGUGUUAGAUGACGGUUAUAAAUGGAGGAAAUAUGGCCAGAAAGUUGUCAAGAAUAGUCUCCAUCCUAGAAGUUACUAUCGGUGUACACAUAAUAACUGUCGAGUGAAGAAAAGAGUAGAGAGAUUAUCAGAAGAUUGUCGAAUGGUGAUAACAACAUAUGAAGGAAGGCAUACUCAUUCUCCUUGUGAUGAUUCGAAUUCAUCUGAACAUGAUCAGUGUUUUAGCUCAUUCUAGUAAUUAAAGGGCUAAUUUAAUUACUGCAUUUAUUUAUUUAUUUAUUCAUAUUGACAUUUAUAAAAUUGGUAUAUCAAAGAUUGGGUUUGUUUGGAGUCGUGGCAGAUCAUUCUCUGAGUUUUCCAGUAUCCAAAUAUGAACGGCAGAUUUACACAAAUUUAGUAUUCUUGAAUACUUAGGAAGCCGACGAGAAGCUUGUUCCAUUAUAUUUAUUAUAUAUCGUUCUCUCAUUAUAUUUCACAUUAUAUUUGGCUCGAAACACACUGCAACAAUCCUGAUUUUAUAAAUACUGUACUUGAAAACCUUUGAGCAGGACGACAUUGGAGGUAUACCAUGAGCCGGCUCAAACUUGGCUUUGAUAUCAAUCCAGGGGAAGAGAUGAAGAGCAGUUAGGCUUAUAAGGACUUUUUCUGUUAUAAAUGGACAUUGGUUUAAGUGUUUUGAGGCUGUAAUUAAAAAGUAGGCUGUUUCGCAUCUGUUUAACAGUACUCUGUUGCAAAUGUCAGGAAAUGCUUUCUCUAAAUUUUGAUUUUUAAUGUAGAGUCUGCACUCAAAUAUGGAUUCAUAUCGAUGUAAUAUGUAGCUCCAGAAGAGGUCUGCUGAAUGAUCACACUUUCUUUAA